GCGGAGAGGGGCAACUGCGCCCCAUUUCUCUCUAUCUCUCCCCCCCUCACUCUCCCUUUCUCUCCCCCUCGAAAAACAGACAACCCUGCACAUUGGAAACCUGGGUGUGGAACAUAGGGAAGUCAUCCUCAUUUAUGCUGGAAUAUAAGCCAUUUUUUAACAUACAUUUAUUUAGAUUUUUCUGUUAGAGAAGAUUUGGAAGAUAUUCAAUUACAUGCAUGUUUCAGUCUUGGGAGAGUAAGGUCCGCUUGUCAUGUCUGCCAAGAAAACCAUUUAGUGCCAGAGGCUGUGGCAAUUGGUGUAUGGCGGAUCUAAGAUGAAGUCCCCGUAGACAGCGCCUUUGUGAACUUUAUGGUUUUUGGAUUUUAUUUGAAAAGGAUAAAACUGUUAAGUCCCAGUCACCUCUAAUGAGGUCUGCCCUUUCACUGUGCUCAGAGACCCCAGAAGCAGCGGCAUGGAGAACCGGCGCUGCCAGCACCCUCAGCAGCCCAAUGCCCAGGCCCAAGAGGCCUCGUCUGGGCCCCAGUCCUCCAUGCCUCAGUCCCCUUUAUUGUCUGGAUCCUCAUCCCUCAUCUCCCUCACCCAGACAGAGGAGUUCUUUGACCUGAUAGCCAGUUCGCAGAGCCGCAGACUGGACGACCAGAGAGCCAGUAUAGGAGACCGGCUGGGCAUCAGGAUAGCACAGAACAAUGUGGGACACUUGUGCGAAGCAUGUAGCCCACAGGAACCUAGUGACGAGUUUUUCAACAUGCUCAUAAAGUAUCAGUCCUCCAGAAUCAAUGAUCAGCGGUGCUCUUUGCCUCCAGCGCCUGACCCAGAUGAAGACUUCUUCAGCCUAAUUCAGAAAGUGCAAUCCAAACGCAUGGAUGAACAGCGGGUUUCUUUUGGCUCUGAUGAAAAGGAUGAAACAGACUUAAAUCAUAAGUCCAAAACCUCAGAAGGCUCCAGCUAGAGACUGUGAAACUUCCACAAAUUUCUUCUGCAAACUCUCGAACUCUCUGGAUGCACAUUUUGAGAGGUCUUCCAGUAGGCUGUGGUUUAGUGGGGGAGUAAUAUAGGUUUAUUUUAAUUGGUAGGAUUAUAUGAUGUUCAAUUGUUUCAUAUUUUUGCAGUCAAGUUAUAUUCUGAGGUGAGUCCAAAUACAACAGAUCUGAUUCAGAGGGUAUAGAAACACUCUAAUUGCAAAACAGGCUCAUUGGAAAUACAUGCUGCAGCCUACAUUUUUAUGAAAAUACAAAAACGUACAUUAUCAUACAUUUCACUGCAGAAAGUCAAAUGAAUGCUAUUACGGAAAAUUAUGCCAACAACUUUUGUUCUAUUUCAGACCAAUUAUAUUUACAAUCCAUGCUCAUUCUGAAUACGUACCCUUACAUUUCCAGAGAGCGCUAAAUACGUCUCAGGAGGUACGUUUGUUUUAUGCAGUUUGUGUUUUCGUAAAUCUACCAAGGGCUGCAGUCGUUUGACUGUCUAACCGAUUGACUGACCCACCCUCCUCCUCUCCUAAACCCAACCAAUAGUGUUUUCAAAAGCACCAAUUGACCAGCGCCCACCCACUUGCCUAAAACCCAACCGAGUUUUCAAAAGCAAUCCAGAAAAAGAAAGGCCCUAUUUUUUGCCGUUUGUUUUUGUCCAACGUGUUUUCUGGAACCAUCAAACCCUGUCAUCGCGAUCAACUCUGCUCCAAGUCACAAGUCUGCCGACAUACAUGGUGAGCCACCAGACAAACUGGUAACAGCUGAAAAGCCGUCUAUAUUGAGGUAAGGGGUCAGCUUACUGCCUCGUAGUGUUUGUUUUAAAGAUGAAAUCCAGCCAUACGUAUCUCUGGCUGCAUUAUUUGUGAUCUCCAGUAAUUUAUAAAGGGCUACGUUUUCAGAAUGAGUCUAUGUUGGAUAUUUACAGGGACAUAUUAUGACCAUUUAAGUAUUACACUGUGCAGGUCUUUGCACAACAACAAAUAAUUAUCAAAAAAUAACUUAAAAGUAUCUAUGAUUUAUAAUCGAAUUAAUUUCCUCCACUUGUCUAUGUCCAUAUGGAUAACUUUUCUGCACUGGCCAGUUUUCUUGGUAGUACAGUUUUGUACUUGAGUACUUGGGUUCAAAUUUGGUGGAGGUCGGAUGCACAAACCAGGUAAAAGCAAUGCAAUUCAAUGUAAAUUCAAAGUAAAACUCAACCCGGGUUCAUUGUGGAAAUGUAGCCCCGCGGAUGUUUCUGCAGACCGCGAGAUACGUCCCCGGGAGGUACGUAUUUGAAAGGUUUUUGUUUUCGCGGAUCCUUUCGUUCGUACCCGCGCUGUCUUCGCGCGAAAAGCCGCCAGAUCGGCCGCCCCGGCCGCCCUCCUCUUCCUCCUCCUCCUCUUCCUUUCCUAAACCCAAGCGACGGUUUGCAAAAGCCGUCCAGAAAAAAAAAAAAAAGCAAAAGCCCUCAUCUUCGAUUUCGAUCGCGUUUUCAGAUCCUGCCGCAUUCUCGCCCUCAUUUUUCGGAUUCUGUUUUUCAUCUUACCUGAUUUCCGGAACCACUGUUCUGGGCCUCCGCUCUGCCGACGCAACGCUGUGAGCUAAGCGGA